AUGAGUAACAGUGCCAAAAGCAUGUCGGAGCCUGGCCCAUGCCAGUAUCAUUCAAAAAAUGAGAUGAGGAACGCUUUAUGCCUACAACUCCAAAGAUUGCCUUCAGAAAUCAAUUCCCUAUCCUCAUUCAACUCUCUACUUCCAGCCGAGAUCAAAGCUGCGAUAUUCUACAAGGCCAUGCAGUUACCGUGCCCGCUAAACGAUGGCGACAGCAAGGGUGAACGUUUGCCAGUGAUAACCCCCUUUUUUCUAGGAAAAAUUUGCCAAGAUUGGAGAGAUCUUGUUUGGUCCUCUCCCUUGCUUUGGAGCAAUAUACACCUCGCCCUCACUAGGAGAAGAUGCAAGGCUCAAGCAAAUCUUCUUCGUGACUGGCUAUCUAGAACUGCAAGUUGCCCCCUCUCCUUUUGCCUUACAAGCGGGGAAGAGCUACGUGCCUGGUACUACAAUCCCCCAGUGGAAAUUUUGACAAUGUUUGUCUCCGUCUCGGAGCGGUGGAAGCAAGCCGAAUUCUGCAUUCCCCCCAACGACUCCUUUGCUGCUGAAAUUUCACUGCCCCUCCUUACCACUGCGACUGUUGCCUUUGACCCAGGUUAUGCUGAAGGACACCACAUCAAAUUAUUUUCAACAGCUCCUCAACUCUCAGCCCUUCAUUUUUACCACCCCUGGCUUGUCGGUAUACUGGCUCCAUGGCACCAAUUGCAGGAGUUUACUUCAGAAAACUCAUCGGUGGAUGAAAUUCGUGGAUUCCUCCACAAAGCGUCCAACAUAAUUCGCUGCUCCUUCAGGCACAUCAAGUGCUCGACUCGGACCUUUAAUUCUUCAGGAAGUUUAGUCAUGGUCGAUCAGCCCCUUGUGUUAAACCGUCUGGAAUAUAUCGAGCUUUGGUUCGGUGCAUCGGUAAACAUGGCAUCAACCCGGAUCUUAGAAUAA